UCCCUCCUCCCUCUCUACAACUGGACUCCAGGAGGGAACUACAAAACUUAUACACCAAGAAAUCCAAGCUGAGCAAAAUUAAGUAGCUCAGUUCGCAACUCUGCCUAAUUUGUGGCCUCCUUUCUGGGUCAGCAUCCCCAAGUCCACAGCUCUUCUCUGUUCUCAUUUCUCUUAAGUGGAAAACUCUCAACUACCUGUGCCAGCACGUGUUUCCUGCACAAGCCACAGAUAGCAUUUCUGAAGUAGACCUCAAGUUCUAAAGCAAAUCAUGUCACUGUGUUCAUGAGACCUCGGGAUAUAAAGUACCUGCAAUGGCUACUUUCCCUGCCUUUCUUCUCCAUCUGUAAAGCACUAGCCUCUCACACUGGAUGCUUCUAGAUUUCUAGACUGCAAAGUCUCCAGAUGAUAGGCAGUGCCUGUGUAGACAUGAAUAAUAGCUAUUCAGCUCCAAGACCUUUUCUUUGCGGGUAGGAGGGGAAUCUACCUACACAGGACCUUUGUGUGAGUCAAUUUAGCCCAUUCUACCUGCCUAUGAACACAGUGUUUCCCGGUUGCCUGGGCAGCAGGCAGUCUCCAGAAACCCAACAUCCCAGUUCUUGGUCCUGCCUCUUGGGGAAGUUUUUCAGCCUGGAUUGGCUCCCAGGACCCAGGCUCCUUCCUCCCUAGGCUCAAUCUGCUUGGGACUCUAUCUUUCCCAAGGAGUGUUAUUCCCCAGGGAGACAGCACUCAAGCAAGAGAAGGUCCUCCAGGGCAGCAAGGAUGCCACCUAAAACCAAAGGAAAGGGGAGAAAAACUGGGGCACAGAAGAAGAAAAAAAAAUCAAGUCCUGAUGCAGAGGCUGAGGCCAAGCAUAGGAUGGUCCUGCUGGAGAAGGAGCUGCUUCAGGACCACUUGGCUCUCCAGAGGGAUGAGACCCGCAGAGCCAAGGCUUCUGAAGAGAGGCUGAAGCAGAGGUUGCAAGGGCUAGAAGCUGAACUGGAGAAGGCCCAAAGUGAAAGGGAUGCUGUCUAUGCAGAGAUGAGCCGCCAGCGCCGGGCCCUGCAAGAGGAGUUGAGGACCCGAAGCAAGCAGCUGGAGGAGGAAGUGAGAAGCCUACGGGAGCAGCUAGAAACAUGCCAAAAGGAGGCUAAGACAGCAAGGGAAGAGGCUGAGCAAGCCCUCAGAGAGCAAGAUGAAACCCUGUCUCAGCUUCGUGCCCACGUGGCAAACAUGGAGGCCGAGUAUGAAGAAAUCUUGCAUGGCAGCCUGGACUGUCUCUUGGCCAAGCUGAGAGCUGCCAAGCCUCAGUGGGAUGCAGCUGUGCUGAGACUCCACACCAGGCACAAGGAGCAACUACGUCAGUUUGCUCUCAACCCCCUGGAACUUUGAAGCCAUUGGCCCCUAAUUUCUGAGGCCUAGCAAUAAAGCGACUUGGAGUAGAAUUCA